GUUGUUUCGCCCCACACGGCCUUGCGUUUGCCUCAGAAUUAUUUCUAAAUCGCAAAAAUCCCACCUGCAACAGACAUACCUGCACAAGUACCGCCAUACCAGCCUGCACUUCAUACCUGUUCCCCAGAUCUUCGACUUAGAGAAUAGCAAAAUGGCAUCGACGAAACCUAGAGAUUGGGCCGAUGACGAUGAGGCCGACGAGGUCGCCGUUGAACUCCCCCCCCCUCAGACGAUCCAAAACAAAGAUGGCACGAAGACCACGAUCACAUACAGGUUCAACGAGAAUGGCCAGAAAGUGAAGACAACCCGUCGCAUCCGCUUGGUGACACACCGCGAGGUUGUGAACCCCCGCGUUGCCGAGCGCAAGACUUGGUCCAAAUUCGGCCUGUCCGAGAAGGAUGGGGCUGGUCCUCAGCUCGACACGACAUCGGUCGGCGAGAACAUCAUUUUCCGGCUCAGCACCAACUGGCGAAAGGAUACGAAGGAUGAGAGCAAGGACCCCAACGCCAACGCCAUGAAGGAGCAGUUGAAGGACAAGACCGUCAAGUGUCGUAUUUGCAACGGCGAACAUUUCACAGCCCGUUGUCCUUACAAGGACACGAUGGCCCCAGUUGGCGCCGAGGGUGGUGCCGAUGUCGCCGCCGGUAUGGGAGACGAGCUCGCGUCCGCUCAGAGCGGCGCUGCAGGCAAGAAGGGCAGUUACGUGCCGCCUGCGCUCCGAGGAGACCGCGCCGGUGCUGCUGGAGAGAGGAUGGGCGGUAGCAAAUACGGCGAGCGGGACGAUCUUGCAACACUACGUGUCACCAACGUUUCCGAAAUGGCCGAGGAAGGAGAACUCCGCGACAUGUUCGAACGGUUUGGUCGCGUCACACGUGUAUUCCUCGCUAAGGACCGGGAUACCGGUCUAGCGAAGGGCUUCGCCUUCAUCAGCUUUGCGGACCGGGGCGAUGCCGUCAAGGCGUGCGCGAAGAUGGACGGAUAUGGUUUCAAGCAUCUCAUUUUGCGUGUGGAAUUUGCAAAAAAGGCUCAGUAAAUUUGCAUAGACGUCCGGUAGAGACGUGAGCGGAUAGUUAAUGAUACGAUAUGAAUCUUC